AUGCACAAACUCCAAAAAGACUUGGGCGAAUACGAAGGAACGUUAGAUAUUGAAACUUCUCUCAGCGAAGAACAGAUCAAGUUGCUGGAAAGACUAAAGUCAUCUAUAAGGAAGAUUCAUAUUAAAUCGCCGCACAAGGAAAACACAAUUGAGCGGGUGAACACGGAGAGUGGAAUAAUAGACGCGCUGUUUCAGGGCGAUAUGGUCCUCUCCAAGGAACAACAAGACGAAGUUAUGGAGGAUUUUGGCGGUGGCCGUUUCAAACGGCAGGCUGACAACGAUAGAACUCACCCUGAGAGAAAAUGGUCAAAUGGUGUUUCCUACUCACUCGAUGGUAGCCUAGAUGAAAGAGCAAAAGCUGCUUUCAAGAAAGCAGCGGAACUGUGGAUGAAAGACACAUGCAUUGACUUCGAAGAAGAUUCGCAAGAAGAAGCUGAGGACCUUCUUCUUGUAUACAAGGAACAUGGAUGCUGGGCAGAAGUUGGCAGACAGGGCGGAUGGCAGUUGCUUUCACUCGGCGAAAGUUACUGUGAGACGGCACCAAAAGGUGGAAAGAUAGAAAUAGAGAUUCUGCAAACACCUCAAUCUCACCUCGGAGGAUGCCCACAUGCUGGUGUGGAAAUUAAGACACAUUCUGAUCAACGCCUCACUGGAUACAGGUAA